UGACAGCGAAGCACCACGAUCAAAGUUACAGAACUGAUCAGUGGGGAUCUACUUGUUACUUGGCUCAUCGGCUUACGUGAAGAACGGCGUUGAACAUCAUUGAUACACAUACAUUGGAACUGGGUCACUGUUGACAUGGAGCAGGACAAUUACAUUCUGCCAAAGAAUUUUCCAGAACUGAAAAAUGAGACCUUUCUGCAGGCUGCCAGAGGGGAGGAAACCCAGCAUGUGCCCGUGUGGUGCAUGAGACAGGCAGGCAGAUACCUGCCAGAGUUCAGGGAGGCACGUGCUGGAAAAGAUUUCUUUGAGACAUGCCGAUCUCCAGAAGCUUGCUGCGAGUUGACGUUGCAGCCUUUGAGACGAUUCCCCUUUGAUGCUGCUAUCAUCUUCUGUGAUAUUUUAGUCGUCCCUCAGGCGCUGGGCAUGGAGGUGCUGAUGGUUCCAGGGAAGGGCCCCACGUUCCCAGAACCCCUGAAAGAGCCGGAGGACCUGCUGCGUCUCAAACCCCAGGUGGAUGUGGCAGCCGAGCUGGGUUACGUCUUCAAGGCCAUCACACUGACUCGCCACAAACUGGAGGGCAAGGUGCCACUCAUCGGCUUCACGGGUGCACCAUGGACACUGAUGACGUACAUGAUUGAGGGGGCUGGCUCCCCCACCAUGUCGAAGGCAAAGCGCUGGCUCUACUGCCACCCGGAGGCCAGUCAUAAGCUGCUGCGGCAGCUCACCGAUGUCAUUGUGGAGUAUCUUCUAGGGCAGGUCAGCGCCGGUGCACAGGCCCUGCAGGUGUUUGAGUCCCACGCCGGCUGCCUGGGCCCAGUGCAGUUCAACGAGUUUGCCUUGCCCUACCUGCGGGACAUCGCACGCAGAGUGAAGGAGAAACUCAAGGAGUCAGGUCUGGACAUGGUGCCCAUGAUUGUUUUUGCCAAGGAUGCCCACUAUGCCCUGGAGGACCUCUCGCAGUCCCGCUAUGAGGUAGUCGGCCUGGACUGGACUGUUGACCCCAAAGAAGCUCGGGAGAGAACAGGAGGCCGGGUGAGCUUGCAGGGCAACAUGGACCCCUGUGGUCUUUAUGCUCCGAAGGAGAAGAUUGGUGAGAUUGUGAAGAAGAUGGUGGAGGGAUUUGGUACCCAGCGGUACAUCGCUAACCUGGGUCAUGGCCUGUACCCGGACAUGGAUCCGGAUCACGUGGGUGCUUUUGUGGAGGCUGUUCACACUCACUCGAAGCAGCUCCAGGAACAGAAAUGAAGCCCUUUUCAGAAUUAAAACCAUGGGACAGAUUUACAAAGCUCUUGCCCCAUUGCAAAGUUUCACAAAAGGAAGAUGGUAGGGUUUUCUCUAUUUAUUAAAUAAAAAAAUAAAUAUAUAUAUAUAUAUAUAUAUAUAUAUAUAUAUAUAUAUAUAUAUAUAUAUCUCAAUUUGAAUAGCAUUGCAAACCCAAAUUCACUUUUUAAAUUUUUUUUAUAUAUACUAAAUAUUUCUCCACCACCUUAGAACCAUGUCCUUUUGAAAUAUUUUGCCCAAAUACAAUAGACAUUAUUUCACCAGAUCAAACCAUUUUGGAAUCUUAAGAGGAAACAUCAAUGUUGAAGACUGCAUUAUUUACCACAAAGGCAUAUUGAUGCUGCUGUCAGAGGGAAGGUGGGACCUGAGGUGGUUUUAAAAAGGAAAAAUAUGGACAAUGUUUAUAGCUGUUGGUUGUAGUUCAUAAUUGGCAAAUUUAAGACCAACAGCCUUUAUUUAUGAGGUCCACCAGCUUUUCUGCUUUACCAAUCAUGCAGAAUGAAAACAGUUUCAGAGAACAAAGGGAAUUAUUGUCAGUAUUUUUUGGGCCGCAGCUGCAGCGUGUAUGAUUAGUUUAUUAUAAAUCUUUAUAAAAUCAAUUUGCAGAUUACAUGACUGCAGUUUAAAAAAUAAAUAAAUAAAUAAAUAAAAGCAGUAUUGACUGUAUGACUGACAUUUCCUGUCCAUGUACGUUGUGUUUUAAAUGUAAUUGCAGUAAUGAAUUUAUACUUUAAUUUCAAAACUCCCUAAGGCCACCUUAAAAAAAACCAUGCCUGGGGCCUUGCAAUAAAGCUCAAUCUUUCAGCAAAUCAGAAAGCCUGAAGAGCCAGUCUGCUCCUGGAGACAGCAGGCUCUACAUCAUUUGUCACGGCCAAUGCUAUCAGCUUUUUAUCAGAUCUGAGGAUUUUGGAAGGUCUUGGCUAUGAUUGAUUUAAAUAUUAACAAUCCUGAUGGAGAUGUAUGGGCUUAUCCCCGGUGGUUUAUUACAGAUCCAUACUAAAGAUUUGCGUCAACAUCACAUUGUUCUGUAUCAUCGGUGCUUAUCAAACCUCUCUCUCCUCAUACCAAAUCAGGAUUUGGGACAGUCUUAUAAUACAGCCUCAGAAAGACCAAACCAUGAGCAGUAAACAAUACUGACAGAUCUGGGACUGUAUCAGUGUAGAUAUAACUGUAAUAAUGCGUUUAGUAUGACGUAGCGAGCACAACACAAAACAAUCAUAAUAGGUUGUUAGUUCCAACUUGAUCUUAAUACAAAACCUUUUAUAACACAUACAGAACAGUGAAAUUUAAUUUAAAUCAAUCCUCACAUUUUGUGGCUCACCAUAUGUUUUGCCCCAAUAAACCCCCUUCCCCCACAUACACAACAGAUAGCAGCCGUGGGAGCGAAUGGACCAGGUGGGAAAACCAAUUAUUCCCUCAUCUCGCUGCAUGUCACUAACUGAAAUCAGCUUUCCAGAGGGAUAAACCCAAUCGCCAUGAAAGGGAAUAAUGCACUCAGCAGCCAACAAAAGCAAAUCAUACAUAUUUAACAGCAGGAAAAGUUUGAAGUUCAUAUAUAGAACUCAACGAGCCUCAGAACUGAUCAGCCGUAUAAGGUAGAGAUCAGGCAAGGGAUGUGAGAGAGAUUAUUAUUAUUUGUUUAUUUAGCAGACGCCUUUAUCUAAGGCAACUUACAGAGACUCGGGUGUGUGAACUAUGCAUCAGCUGCAGAGUCACUUACAAUUACGUCUCACCUGAAAGACAGAGCACAAGGAGGUUAAGUGACUUGCUCGGGGUCACACAAUGAGUCAGUGGCUGAGGUGGGAUUUGAACCGGGGACCUCCUGGUUACAAGCCCUUUUCUUUAACCACUGGACCACACAGCCUCCUAUGAGAUAUAUAGAGAUACAAAAUACUCCCUCUGAAUGGCAGAAAAAAAUAUCACUGACAAUCCCCAUAAUUAUUCUAUCAAAAAAAGUAGUACCAUUCAGAAGGUGGUAUCUGGUCGGACAUGUGCCACACCAAACGUGCACCAGCACUACGUACUGCCAAAAACAGACACUUUUGCUCUUUAACAUUAUUUUGUUCUACAAAAUUGGCAACAUUUUUAUGAAAAUCAUAUCAAGAUAACAAAUACAAUUCACACUUUCAAAAAAAUGGUAGUUCAACAUGCUUGUGUGCUUCCAUGGUCAGAUUUCAGUAUCAGGGUCAAAAAGCCAGUUGGGUGGUAAGGGGAUGGGCAGUGUUGCAGACUCAGCAGGGAAAGCUGCAGUAGGGACCAUUUUUAUAAAUGGCAGAAAAUGAUACACCAACAGACUACUUUUGAAAUGUUUUGAAAUCUUCCAGAUAGACACCAUCCACUGAGGCCAAAUUAAUUCUAACAAAAAAAAACAAAACAAAAAAAACCCCACACACCACACACCUAAUCCUAUCCUCUUAAGUCAUUAACUGCAGACUCCUGCCAAGAUAAUGCAUUGCCUCAUUUAGAAAGACGAUCAAUCUACCCAGACUACUGUUGCCACCAAAUGCUGAUAGGCUUGACUUUUCUCAGUACCAUAUUCAGUUAUGUGGGAAGCAGCAUCGUCAAGAACCCCAAUUAAUCAGCAUCACAAGAUAUCAUGAACUGGCUGUCUGGGAGCCUGGCUGGGGGAGCGUGAGUGUUUGCAAGAUGAGGACACCUGCAGCUUCACCAGUCCUGCCACUCAGCAGGUGUUACUGUAAAAGAAAUGGCUUCAAAAUUAAGAAAAUGAACCUCAAACCUUUUCAGACGACCAUAACAAGGUAGCACAGUAUAAAUGUAUUUGUCUAGGAGACCCUUUUCACCAUAUAAAAUUUAAAAGGAAAGACUAUUGUUGAAUAGCCAUUUUAGAUAAUGUAAAAUAUAAAAAUUCCUGUAGUAUUCAUAAUUGUUGCUUUUGGCUGCAGUACUUGAUAUGAUUAGUGGAGUUUUGCCCCUGUUCAACUGUCAAGCUCUGAGUGAGUUCAAGGCUGGGUCCCAGUACUCUAUCACUGGACUUGUACAGCAUCCUUUCCUGAAAAAUGCUUAAUCAUUUCAGUAAAAUGUCAGGAAAAAGUUCCACAGGCAAGACUUUUCCAUUUGUGAUGUUAUUGAAGAUAAAAAGGAAGAGAACAAAUUGUGUUCCACACUUUAUUCAUAAAAAAGCACUGAAAUUUCAACAUAAAAUCAUAUAAAAUGGUAGUAGCAUUACAUAAAUAGUAUUUUUUUUGUUUGACAUUAGCUCAAGGUUGCACAAAAAAAUUUGAUUAACGAUACUUGUGGCAACAAAUACUGAAUACCUUUCUUUUUUCAGUAGCACAAAGAGGCAACAUUAAACACUCUUAAAUUAAAAAUUUGAAUCUAAAAAACAGUAGAUAACAAAACUAGUCAAUAUUCUCUACCAGCGCUUAUUUCCUUCUAAAAUCUAGGACAGAUUAAAACACUGGUAUAGUUAACACAAAGACACUUGGUAAAAAAAAAAAAAAAAAAAAAAAAAAAAACUAAUUUUGUAAUGCAAUUGGACCUAAAGUAUAACAUUUUCACAUGAAGCACUAAGAAGAUACAACUAGGUUAGAUAUUAAUGCAACAGAAUUAACCUUUGUACUGAGACAAAGAAUUUUAGAAAGGCAACAGUUUUGAAUUCAAGAUAAAUACUUUAGCGGUUGUCCUUGUGCACAUUUGAAUUUUGUGCAGGUGUCAUACUGUUUGACUUUGCUUUACACCAGGUCUUGAAUCCAGGUAAUCUCAGGCCACAUCCACAAUGAGGUUACUAACCUGACGACAUCCCAACAGAACUGGACAGACCUUCCCCACGCUAGGCAACCACCGUAACCCACUUUCUAAAAUCCCUUCACAGAUUUUUCAAAUCUAGUUAUUACUACUAAAUAUAAAAGUGAGUAAUGCUAGAAAAGCUUACUAAUGUGGUUAAACAGUUGGACACAGACUGGAACGGGAGCUUCCCAUCCCUAUUGGAGAAGAAAGGUUUGUGUAACAAUCUUGUGAUUUACCAAAAAAAAAAAAAAAAGAAACUUAAUAAAAAAUGAGCACAAACCUAAAGGCCCACAACUGGCUCUCAUUUCUGUACUUUUAUACUGUAUACAAAAAAAUAAAAACAUGUUUGCCACGUUCCUCAUUGAAGUCUCAGCUGAGGUGCAGGUGUACUGUUCAAAUCAUCCUCAUUCUGGCAAGCUUUAAAUCCAGCUGUUGUAUAGAAUAAAUGUGAAUUUGACAGUACCCGUGUUCUUUCAUUUAAGCUUCUUAGCGUAGCCUGAAAUCUGGCCCUUUGCUUUACUUAAGAUUUUACGCAGAUUCUUAUGAUGUUGGAUGUAGGAGAUGUUGGGACAGUUAACAUUACUCCAUAGUUCUGCAUAGACUGGUGCUUUAGUUUAUCCUGUUACCGUUUUAUUUUAUUUUUAUAAAAUACUCUGCCUCUCGCACAACACAGCCAAACAAUAUAAAAUGAAAUAACCCCCAAAAAAACAAAAAACAAAACAAAAAAACACCCAGAAACAGGAGCACCUGAGAAAUGUUUUGCUUAAGUCUUAACAUUCCCAGCCCUCAACAUAUUCAAGUAUCCCAAAAUAAAUGAAAGGAGACAUACAAUUAUUAUAAAUUAUAACUUUACAAUUUAAUUGACACUUUUACCAUUAUAUUUACAAUAUCAUAAAUGCUUUUGCUACUUUAUUUGUUUUUGUCUUUAAGCAAUCCCUGAGAAUGGAGUUAGUAUUUCUUUUACUCAUUCUUUUUUCUUCUCUUCAUUUUUUUUUUUUUUUUUUUUUUUU